CGCAAAACUGUCAGAGACAACUUCUGCUUUCAUUGCGGUGCACUGAUUUUAAUAUACAUAUAUGUUCCUGCUGUGUCAGCACAUACACGCAAACACACACACGUACACGUACACACACAACUAUUGGGACUUAUUCAGAGGAGCUGCGUCACAAAUUUCCGCGAGGUAUUCCAGAGGUCGAACUGACAGUUGGUGUUCUACAAAGAUAAGCACUUGAAGCCAGAUGAACCACAUGCAUAUUAAAACAGGAAAGAUGAUUCUCUUUGUUCCUGCAAAAUGAUUCAUUAUUGGGAGUGAACAGAAGAGAAGUGCUUUGUAAACAUGUUGAUAAAGAUGCCAUCACUAUCCUGUGGAAGGGAGAGUCUGAAGUGAUGGAGAACAGAGAGGAAAGCCCUGCAGAUGACCAGGCCCCAACACCUUCAGAGCGAGGACUGCUCCACAUCUGGCAGUCAGCGGGCCCCAGUUCGCAGCUCUGUCCAGAGAGAGUGCUGCUGUCCAGGCCUGUCCUUCAGGCCAGCCUGGGAGAACACCAUGGACUCCUGCUGAUACAGGGUGGAGAGGUCUAUUCCUUUGGAGAGCUGUCGUGGAGGGAUUUGAGUAUUCCAGUGUCUGCUCCGUUGCUGGAGGUCUCUCUGCUGGGGAAGACGGUGGUCCGUGUGGCUGCUGGUGGUUUCCACUGCGGAGCGCUAAGCGAGCAGGGUAACGUCUACAUGUGGGGGGAGAACACCGCAGGACAAUGUGGGCUAACUGAGAGGGGCACAGACACAAGCAUCACAGUUUCAGAGCCUUGCCCGGUCACUGUGGUGGACAGUGAUGUUGUUCCUCCAGCAGUCGUUCGGGUUGUGUAUCUGGCUCUUGGACGGGAGCACAGCCUGGCUCUGUCAACCCAGAACGAGCUCUGGGCGUGGGGAAGCGGCUGCCAACUUGGCCUGGUCACCAACACCUUUCCUGUGUGGAGACCACAGAAGGUGGAGCACUUGGCAGGCAGACAUGUACUUCAGGUGGCUUGUGGUGCCUACCACAGCCUGGCCCUGGUUCGCAGUUUGCCUCAACAGAAUACCCAGAAUCCUUCUGAGAAGAGACAGCGGGGUCGGUCACCUCACUAUUCAGUGACAGAGAGGGAGGAGUCGUUUGCAGCUGAUACUGGUCACUACUGUCCGCUUGGGGUGGAGCUGACUGAAGUCAUGACAGACGAGACCUCUUCAAGAAGAAGAGACUUCAGACGAAGGUUACAACCUGGGGAAAGGACGAAUAUUCCAGUUAGGCACACUCACCCCCUCAAUGAAACAGACAGCAGCCCCAAGUCUCACACACUGUCAGACUGGAGAACCAAUAAGAAUCCUGCUUUCCCUGAUGAAGCAGAACUUCAGAACCUCCUCCAGAAACUCUCCAAUCACUCAUUGGAGAUGCGCCAGACCACCAGGCCUGGAGAUACUGACUCACUGAGCAGUUACACUUCAGAUGACAGCUGUGUUUCCUCAACUCCUUCGACGGAUCUUUUGACUUCCAGUUACAAAGAAGAUUCACCAAUUAAGAGUCAAACCAACAAUGAAGUGGCAUACUCCUCCUCGCCUGUGUGUUUGGAAGAAGUUCGGCUUUGUCUGGAGACAGAGAAGCAGGCACUGCAGGGACCAAAGAGCACCAGUCUCACAAAUAUAAAUCAGAAGGGGAAAGCAGCAGGACACAGGAGACGCUCUCUGCCAGGAAUACCCACCCGUGGGUCUCCACGGCAACAGGUGUAUUGCGCCUGCAGUCCGUCCUCGUCUUGUCGGACACAGGCUGCAGCACCAGAGGAGGCUGGAGAAGGGCUGCCGUCUCUGGAGACAGAAGUGUGGAGCUGGGGCCGCGGGUCUGAGGGGCAACUGGGACAUGGAGAUCAGCUCGCCAGACUCCAGCCUCUGUGCAUCAAGGUUUUGACAGGCGAGGAGGUGAUGAAAGUCGCCGCAGGGUCACACCAUUCACUGGCUCUCACAGCUCACUGCCAGGUGUACUCGUGGGGAAGCAACAUGUGUGGACAGCUCGGACAUGUCAACAGUCCUGUCACUGUACCUCAACAGACAAAGCUGUCUGAUGAUCUUCGGGUUUGGGACGUGACAGCCGGUCAGAGCCAUUCCCUCUUCCUGGCUGAUGGAGACUGUGUCCAGCCGGUCCUGUUGUACUGCGGCCAGCAGCAAGAGCCAACGUCAACGCAGAGGGGGAGGUCAUGCCAGACUCAAAGGUCACCCAACAGAGCACAGAGUUAUACAGUCAGACCCAACCUGCUGCCCUUCUGCAUGGAGAUGGGUUACAUUAGCGGUGUUUGCAGCGGUGGUCUGAGCUGUGCGGUGUUGGCAGACCAGAACAUCAUGGGUUUUAUCUCAGCUAUCCAUGAGCUGGCCUCCAGAGAGAGACAAUUUUACUGCUGGUUGAGCAGCGUGAAGAAGCUCCUCCUCACACCGCUACGUAACAGAGAGAGCGAGUGUCCGUCGUUAGGGGAACCAUGCACUCAUCUCUUCUUCUCUCUCUGUGAGAGUUUUGUUCGUCUGAGCUUCCUGAUCGGUCGACAGUCCACGUCACUCAGCUACUUCCUGCAUGAUGUGCAGGGUUGUGAUGUCACUUCCCUUCCCUUGCUGACGCACACUAAGCACUUUCUGGAGAUUUAUAAAGAGUAUUGUUCUUCAGUAGGUAACUUCCAGGUGAUGGGUGGAUUCCGAUCUCUCCAUAAACUCUCACUUGAGUGUUUAGGCUCUCGGCAGACCGUGCUCGCUCAGCUGUGUGUAUCAGACCAGUCCGUCAGUGGUAAUGUUGAUCUGGUUUCCUUGUUGUACUGGCCUCUGCAGCAGCUCCACCAGUACAGCCGAGUCCUGCUCAAACUGGCAGCCUGUUACGAUGUGUUAACUACAGAAUACCAGUCCCUCCAUCAGGGCUGUAGUCAGUAUGACUCCCUGUCUUUGUCCCUGUUGAGGAGGAAGAAGGAGGCUGAAACCACCUUCCUCUUCUGGAGUACCCACUCUGGAAAAACUACUGAGGUUCUGCGUCUCCCGCAGCGUCGUGUGGUGUGUGAAAGCAGCAACAGAUCUCUGACUCUGCAGAACGCCGGGCGGUUUUCCAACCACUGGUUCAUACUGUUCAACGACACACUGGUGCACACCCAGGGUGCCAUUCCCUCUCAGAGCCUUUUCGCCACGCAUCACAUCUACCCUCUGACCUGUCUGUGGGUGAAACCAGUGACAGAAGACAGCAGCGGACUCUAUGCCAUCAAAAUAACAUGCCCAGAGGAGAGUUUCACCCUGGUGGCCUCGACACCACAAGAGAAGAACAAGUGGCUACGGUCUCUUAACCAGGCGGUGGAUCAGGUGCUGGGAGGUGCAGGUCAGGGAUCGUCGCCGGGGUUGACAGCAAUGACUCGCACGGCCUCCUACAAGUUCACUGGAGAGGGGCGGUUUAAAGACGCCCAGUACACCGGGGGCUGGCUGUUAGGACGAGUUAAUGGCAGAGGGACCAUGAAGUGGCCAGAUGGACGGACCUACAACGGGAACUUUAAGAACGGACAGGAGGAUGGCUAUGGAGAGUGUAUAAUGCCUGACAAAGUGCUGAAUAAGACAGACUGCUACCAGGGACACUGGAGAGAUGGCAAGAUCCAUGGUUUCGGGAAGUACAAGUAUGCCAGUGGCGAGGUGUACGAGGGCUGUUUCUCUGAUGGGCAGAGGCACGGUUAUGGCAUGCUGAACUCCGGCAAGCUGGCCAAAAAGUCUUCCAGCGUUUUCAUUGGCCAGUGGGUCCAUGACAAGAAGACGGGAUAUGGAGUCUAUGAUGACAUCAUGAGAGGUGAGAAGUACAUGGGACUGUGGUCGGACGAGCAGCGGCAUGGCAGCGCUGUUGUUGUCACCCAGUACGGUUUGUACUAUGAAGGGAUCUUCAGAGACAACAAGAUGUGUGGCCCAGGUCUGUUGGUGUCAGAUGAUGACACGGCUUUACAUGGGGAGUUUUCUGAUGACUGGACUGUCAACGGAAAGGGUAUUUUGUCCCUGGCUAACGGCGACUGCUUGGAGGGCCUGUUCAGCGGAGAGUGGACCGCAGGGCUGAAAGUAGUUGGAACGUACAUCAAACCAUCUGCGGAUGAACCUGAAAACAAAGAGAGAAACAGCCUGCUCCGGGUGGGUCAGCAUGCGGUGCCUGCAGGUCAGAGGUGGCUCUGUGUGUUUGACGAAUGUUGGAGUCGACUGGGCUGUGAUUCUGCUGGGGGAGGAGAGAGGACUGCGGCCUGGGACAACAUUGCUGUAACGAUAACAACUGCAAGACGACAAAGCCCAGCUCUCAGUAGGUCUCAGAGUAAAGUAUUGGAGUGUUUGGAGUUUAUUCCUCAGCAUGGAGAACCGGUGACCACGGCAAACUACAACAACAUACGAAGAUACCUCAUCAAGGCGUGCGAGACCCCUCUCCACCCUCUGGGCUGGCUGGUGGAGACAUUGGUGACGGUCUACAGGAUGACCUACGUCGGUGUGGGAUCCAACCGCCGGCUGCUCAGGCAGGCCGUCCAGGAGCUUCUGGCCUACCUCACUCAUUUCUUCUGCAUUGUCAGGUUUCUGUUUCCAGGGCUACCAGAUGAUGGCGGCAUCAUCCCAGACCCGUCUGCCUCUCAAAGCAAACAGAACGCUAAUAUAGCAGAGCAAGUCGGUGUUAUGGUGGUGAGCUGCUCCUCUCUGCUCCUCCCUCAGCUGCUCCCUCGACUCUACCCUCCUCUCUUUACCCUGUACUGCCUGCAGCAGGAGCAGGAGGAGGCCGAGUACUGGCAGCGCAUCCUCCACCACAACAAACAGCCCGACCAGUCACUGCUCAACUUCCUGGGAGUGCAUGAGAAGUUCUGGCCAGUGUGGGUUUCAAUUCUGGGAGAGAAAAAGCAGAUUGUGUCCAGCAGUAAAGAUGCCUGCUUUGUUUCUGCUGUAGAGACACUCCAACAAAUCAGCACCACAUUCACGCCGUCAGACAAACUCCUCGUCAUCCAGAAGACGUUUGAGGAAUUGACCCAGGAAGUAAAACCUAUGCUGGAUGACAACUUCCUGUGGUGCAUGGAUGACCUGCUCCCUCUCUUCAUCUAUGUGGUGCUCAGAGCAAGGAUCAGGAACCUGGGAGCUGAGGUCAGUCUGAUAGACGAUUUAAUGGAUCCCAACAUUCAGCACGGAGAGAUGGGACUGAUGUUCACUACACUGCAGGCCUGCUACUCCCAGAUCCUACAUGAGUCUGCUAUAUAGAAGAGGAGAGAAAGACACCAGGCACACCUAGGAGCUGACCGAACAAAACCAGUCAAACCACCUGGAUUCUACUGGGGGCCACUGGGAAGCUGCACAGACCGAUGGAGGGAGGGGAAAGUGUUACUCCUCCUCCUUCUGUCAAAUGGGAGAAUGAUGCCGUUCACUGUUGAUCCUGUCAGUAUGUUACAGCACACAAAUGUCUUUCUUUUGUAUAUUACGUUUUCAUAGGAUACACAUCACCCUCUUCUGGACAAGAAAACUACUUUAUUAUCCUCAAUGUCACGGUAGAUUUUUUGGGGGAAUACUUUAUAUUAAUCAGCUCAGUUUCUCUCAUUUCUGAACUCUUUGCUGACAACGUUCUUGCAAAGGGUGUAACAGCAGUUCAGUUUUCAUUCAUUACUUUACAGAGUAUACAAUAACAGAUGAAAUACAUAGUGAUGUCCCUGUAAGUUGUUGCACUCAAAGCAAAGAUAACUGACCAGAUCAGAUUCUAAAGUGAGCAUAAGGGGCAAGUGAAAAUAUGAAAUAACAAUAUAUAUAUUGUUUUAAU